UAUGACGUCAUCAGAUUCCAUUUUCAAAAUGAAGACGUCAACCAAACUGUCAAUAUGCGCAGCUAGUGUUCUGACGGUGGGUUUACUCUGGUUUCUCUACAAGAAGAGGAAGGUCACCUUCACAAAGGGAGUACAUGGGGCAUAUGAUGACGACAACGACAUAUCCUCCAUUUCCGCCACACGGUUAUCGGACGACGACCUAGAGGAAGCAGCUGUCAGUAUCGUCAGUUUUGGAGGCUAUCCCAAUGACAAUGAAAUGACUGAUGAAGAAGAUAAAGACGACACAGAAGAUGUGAAUCAUAGUGCCGCAAAAAGCGCUGACGUCAUAUCUACUAUAUCAGAAAAUGUUGACGUUAUACACGAGUACGCAGAUAUUGAUGUGCUUUCUUCCUCGUCUGAGAGUAUUGAAUGGAGUGAUACGACUUCGUCUGAAUCGUCUAUAAAUAGCGACAGGACCACACCGACAGUGAAUUCUGUGAUUACAUUGGAUAUUGACAGAGUGCAGUCUUCGCUUCACGAACAGAUAUAUACGCCAGUGGUGCAAGCCCACGGCGUAAAUCGUCAGACUGAACAGAUGACGAGGAGGCAGAGAGAGACCGAAAACUUCCCAUUCCUAAUGAGCGGGUCCACGGUGUGUGAAUAUAUUGACAGAGAAUACCGUGAAGUUGUAUCAGGAAGUAGUCCAAACAACGAAGCUCUGAAUGUUAACAGUGUUCUUUAGUGCAUUUAAUGUAUCAACAACAACAUAAAAAACCCAAAUAU